ACAGCGGACGGAGGGGCCGGCGGCGGCUGGGCCGGAGCGAGCUGGGGGGUUCGGCGGCCUCACCUGUCCCCAUUCACCGGCGGCGACCGGCGGGCGGCAGCGGCGGACGGCGCGUCCGGCGAGGUGUGGGGAAGCCGCCGCCAGGUGUGUAACAGAGGAACAUGGCUCAAGAAACAAAUCACAGCCAAGUGCCUAUGCUUUGUUCCACUGGCUGCGGAUUUUAUGGAAACCCUCGUACAAAUGGCAUGUGUUCAGUGUGCUACAAAGAGCAUCUUCAAAGACAGAACAGUAGUAAUGGUAGAAUAAGCCCACCUGCUCCUGCCAGUCGCCUGUCGGAGUCACUACCAGCCCAGUGCGCAGAUGGCAGCGGCCCUGAGGUGCAGUUGGUGGCAGACUCUCCAUCUCCAUCUCUGCAGCCAAGCCCUGUAUCAAAUCAGUCACUUUUAUCAGAAUCUGUAGCAUCUUCCCAAGUGGACAGUACAUCUGUGGACAAAGCAGCACCUGAAACAGAAGAUCUGCAAGCUUCGGUAUCAGAUGCAGCACAGCAACCAUCUGAAGAGCAAAGCAAGUCUCUUGAAAAACCAAAACAAAAAAAGAAUCGCUGUUUCAUGUGCAGAAAGAAAGUGGGACUUACUGGGUUUGAAUGCCGGUGUGGAAAUGUUUACUGUGGUGUACAUCGCUACUCAGAUGUACACAAUUGCUCUUACAAUUACAAAGCUGAUGCUGCUGAGAAAAUCAGAAAAGAAAAUCCAGUCGUCGUUGGUGAAAAGAUCCAGAAGAUUUGAACUCCUGCUGGAAUACAAAAUCCUUUGACCAUCUGCAAACUAAAAAUUGACUUGAGGUUUUUUUUUUCCUAGUCAUUGGGAAUGUAGAGCAAUGUAUCUUGCAUAGACCUUUUAAUCAUGCAUGUCAUCAGAAGAAUAGAUUUUUGUUGUUGUUUUGAAAAUGACUCUGAACAUUUAUUUCCAUUGCAGUUUCUGUGGCUGAAAAUACUUAAAACUUUACAAGUAUUAUCCUUUUAAGAUCAUUUUAAUUUUAGUUGAGAGCAGAGGGCUUUUAUAACAAAUGUGGAGAAAUUUUGGAGGGCUGUGAUUUUUUUUCCAGUAUUAAACACGCAUGCGUUCCUCUUGCAGUUCAUUUCUUGUUGUGUAUGUAUAUAUAGCUUUUCUCUUGCAGCACGAUUCUCUUUUGAUGGUGCGCUUUAGGGCACAGCUAGUUACCAGUAACUGAAUGUAUCUUAAUCAUUAUGGCUGCUUCUGUUCUCUCAUUAACAAAGGUUAUACAUGUGUUAGCUGGUAGUUUCUUUGCACCCACUAUUUAUGUCUGAAUCAUUUGUCACAAGAGAUGAGUAUGUAUGAUGAGAUUGUUAGUUUAUGCGUUUAAAAAAAAGUUUGGGUUUUGUUUUUGUUUUUUUUUUUGGUUUUUUUUUUUUUUUGAGCAAAGGAAGGAAAAGCUGUGUGCAUUUCAUUGCUAGCGGUAGGAUUCUUUCCACUUAACGCUCGUUGGUUUGUGUGUAUAUGAUAUGAAGAAUGAUCUGAAGUAAUUGUGCUGUAUUUAUGUUUAUCCACCAGUCUUUGAUUAAAUAAAAAGGAAAACCAG